UUUGAUACACAACCUCUGGCUUUGUGUGCAUUUACAAGUUUUAAUUUACAAGGGAAGUUUAUACAUUUUCUACACUUUUAAUGUAUAAAAGUUUAACAUUGAUCCAAAAGUGGUUUUUAAGGACGGGGAAUUUAACCUUUGAAGUUCCUUUGUGUUGACUAUGAUAUAGUUAAAAGAGUAUCAAUGUUCACAUGUUUGAGAUAGACAGAUGAACGAAUGGAGCAGAAAGAGAAGACAUCUCCCGUGUCGGGAUCCAGCAUGUUUGAUCCGGCGAAGGCGUCGUCUGUUCCAGGUUCAAACCUGUUUGACCCCACUACACUUUUAGGGGCUUCUCCAUUUGCAGCAGGGAUGUCAGCAUUGCCAUUUGCCCACCUAGCACACCUGCCUGGGGCAUUCUCCAUGCUUGGUCAUCCAGCAUUUCCAGUUUCAUCGUUAUUUGGUCGUCUUGGAGAUGGUCUCACAAGUCCUUUGGGUAUCCCAUCAUCCCUUUCAAGCAGCCUCAGUCCAACAUCAGGACCCUCUCUAAGCUUUGAUUCAAUAUUGAGCCCCCUACUACUGUCCAUGGGUCAAGGUGGCCCAAUAUCUGACCCUUUAUCUCUAAUGAAGCCAACAAGUGCAAGUUCUGAAAACUCAAAAUAUGGAAUGUUUGGGAGCGCACUGGGCUUGACAAGCAGUCCUACCUCAAUGUCCAAAACUACCACCUCUAGUGGCACCGCAGGUUCUAGUCACACAAGUACCUCAUCCCGGGGCCGCAGGAGUGCAGCACAAGGAGGGCGUGGCCGGCCUCGUAAACUGGUGAAGCAGCCGGCCAUACCGUUAUCUCUGGUCCAGUCUACUUCAAUUCUCUCACCAUCUAUGCUGGAGAAAUAUGCAAAAAAGAAGGAAAGAGGGGAGUUAACAAGCAAUGGAUUAGACAGCGAGGCCCAUUCAGAUAGAAGUUCGGUAUCCAGUCUUUUUGAUAUCAACUUUGAUAAAGAUGCUACAAAAUCAAAAAAGUCCUCCCCAUCACCUAAGGCAGAAUCAAGUAGAACUCCCUCCACUUCCCCAAGCAGACGGUCACCAUCCAAACCAGUAGCUUCAAGCAGUUCAACGUCCACACCCCCACCAGAUAAGGUGCACAUUGACAGCAUGAAGAAAAGGCUGAUUGCAGACCAAAUAAGACAGAGGAUGCAGACUAAGAAUUCUGGGAAUUCUGCAACAGGAAGUAGUUCCCCACCUCCAUCUGGGAGAAAAAGAAGAGGGAGGCCACCCAAAAUAUCACAGGAAGAUUACAUGUCUCCGCAUGAACUUGGGGAAGAAGAGAAGCGACAGGAAAGGCUGAAACGUGAAUUAGAACUGGAGUUGAAACAACAGGAAAUAGCUCUAAUGAUGAUCAGAUCUGCAAGCAAUGAAAGAGAAAGUAAAGGGACCAAAGAGAACUCGGCCAAGAAUGCUGUUAAGACUGGUGUGAGACGCAGAAGUCCGAACAAAAUUGCCGAUAAGCUGAAGAUGAUGGCCGAACUGGCUGCGAAGAAUGGCGGUGAUGACGGACAUUCGGCUGAUAAUAGUGAAGAACAGGAGCCGGGCACCAGUAAAGAUAUGUCUGCUAGUGAUGAAGGGGACCAGCAAUCAAAGUUCAAGAACAUGCUUCAUGACAGCAACAGCAACGGUAGUUCAGCCCUCGAUCCAUAUGAUAUGGAAAAUGGUAGUUUAUCGGGAUCUGAGAUGGACGGCACCGGUGACUCUGAAAGUGAAGAUAGUGGCAAGAGAAAGGCUGACUCUGAUGGUGGAGAACGGCAGAUCAAGCGCAGACAUGUUGUGUUGGACGAUGAAAAAAUUAAGAUUCCGUUGAGUAAAGGUUGGAAACGUCAAACGAAUAUACAUUCAUAUGGUAGACGUGGAAUCGUCGGGGAGGUCUGGUAUUUUGCUCCAUGUGGAAGAAAAAUGAAAACAAUACCGGAUGUCAUGAGGUAUAUAGAAAGAAACAAUGUCCAAGAUCUGGGUCGUGACCUGUUCUCAUUCAACACAAAGGUCAACGUCGGUGAAUUCUAUGAGGCUAGAGUGGGUGGAGGUGAAAACGGGUUUGUCAAGUUAUCGGAAUCCGAGAUAAAGGACAGACUGUCAGUGACGGUGAGCCGACGUCUUAAAAAGAUCGAGAAUCAAAAGAAAAGAGAAAAAUUGAAGAUGCAACAGAUUAUGGCAAGACAGAUGAUUGAAAAUAAAAUGAAGCAAAAAAUUGAACAACAAGAGAUGGCAAGGAAAGUUGCUGAGAUGCAGUUCCAGAAAAGAUUAGAGAGAGAACAGCAGAAGGAACUUCUGAAACGAGCUAAACAAAUGAAAAUUUUAGAGAAGAAGAAGCAACGUGAGCAGAUGCGCGUAAUGCGCGAGCGUGAGAGACAGCAACGUGAUGAGCAGCUCCGUAUGAAACAGGAAAUGCGCGCACAUCAAUUACUAGAGAAGCGACGUCAAAAACAGGAGGAUCAGCAGCGAAAGAAAUAUUUAAAAGCCGUGAAACGGAACGAGUGGAAUGGGAUGCAACAGUGUGAUUAUAUGAUGAUGGCGGUGGCGCCGUCAAGUUCACCAUAUGGAAAUUGGAAUGGGAUGCAACAGUGUGAUGAAUAUAUGAUGAGGGCAAUGGCGCCGUCAAGUUCACCAUACGGAAAUGAACGAGAGAUGAAAAGACAACAAGUGGCAAUGUUGAAAGAGCAAAUGCGAUUGAGACAGGAGCAGGAAAGGAGGAGACAGCACAUGCUACUUCUGAAGGCACUUGAACAAAGAAAGAAACAGGAGGAACGUGAAAGACAAAGGGAAGAAAGGAUUGCAGAAAAGAGAAUGCACAGGGAAAGAAAAAAUGAACAACGCAAGAUGGAGUUUGUGUUGGCACAAGAAUUAAAGAAACCAAGAGAAGAUAUGGAACUUCGAGAUUUAAGGGAAAUGCCAGAGUUCUCAAGAAUUCCAGGAAACCGUCUUGAUGGGGAAGCAUUUGCAGAUUGUCUGAUGUCUCUGGAGUUUUUACACAACUUUUCUAAAGCUCUUGGAUUUGAUGCACAGACGUUGCCCACGUUAAAGAGUUUACACGAUGCUGUGAUAGCAAAAACGGAGGAUGACAGCGAGGAGUACAUGUCCCUUGUCACUCAUCUUCUAAGACACGCCCUCGAUGAACCAGGUGUUCCUAAUCCAAAAGAGGCUGUGACAAAGUUGGGACAGAAAAUUACUGAUAUUGAGAUCACAGAUGUCAUCCUCGCAGAAGUUUUACGGGUUUUUAUGGUCAUUCGAAAUGGAGGCGAAACUGAGCUGAGUGAAUAUUUACGCAACUACCCGCUAGAAGCAAUGUCGAUCAAUCAGCGUGCUGCAGUGAUAGCUUUCCUAUGUAAUGAGUUGAAUUGUGGGAAGACCAUUACCACGGAAAUAGAAAACCAUCUCGAUCACAUGGCCGAUAUCCGCAGGGACAAAUGGGUCAUUGAAGGAAGGCUUCGAAGGUUGAGGAUCAUGCGGUCGAAGAAGUUUAACAAAGUGGCUACGAAGCCCACGGCAGCAGACGGCGAGACUGAGGACAGUGUCAUGACAACAAUGAGUAAACAGAGUGAUGAUGAGGAGGAUAAAGAUGAGGGCAGUGGUAAUGAGGAGGAAAAUUUUAACGAGGGUGAAACAGAGGAAGAUGACCCUACAACACUUGAGGAAUGUGAGAAACAAAUAGAAAAACUCCGUAAGCAGCAUGUUCAACACAGAGAUAAAGUGUUCAAAGAGUCGCAGCAUGUUCGUGGCAUUGACCUUGGUUGUGAUCGAUACAAACGCAACUACUGGGUCUUACCACACGCAGGAGGAGUGUUCAUUGAAGGGAUGGAGUCAGGGGAGAUUAAAGAUCUUGCCAAGGUCAGGGUCAAGAACGAUAGGUUAGAGGCUAAGAAUCUCAAAAUAGAAGUAAUAGAUGAGCGAAGUGAAAAGAAAUGUUUCAAAUUUUUGGAAGAAAUUGAAGAAAAGAAGGCAGCAGGUGUGAAAAAGCUUAAAUCGGAAAAUGGUUGUGAAAAUAAAAGUGUAAUUGUGUCUGGAAAUAAGGAGAUUAAGAAAGAAGGGAAAGGUGUUAGUGAAGUUAAAGAGGAAAUGCCUGAAGAAGUAAAGGAAGAAAAGGAUAAGGAAAGUUUGAAAAUUGAAGAUUCAAAAUUGGAAAAUGGUGUAAAAGUUGAAAAGGAGGUUAUCUCCAGGACUGAGAAAGAAUCAGCUAAAGUUAAUGGACAUGUUGGUGAACAUGGUUUAUUUGAUACUCAAGUCAAAUCUAGCGGACUUACAGAAAAGGUUGUGAAAGAAACUGAUAAUAAAGAAGAAAGUAUAUGUAAUGGAGAUCUAAGAAUUUCCGACCAGAAAUCACCUCAGUGUUUAUCUGUCUCAGGAAGUAGGGAGUCUAGUACCAGUAAAUCAUCUCAGAAUCAGACUGGUUCCAAUAAAAACAUGGACUUUGAUACGGGUACCAAUAAAGACUCAAAAAGUAACGAGCCAGGUUCCAAAAACUCCUCAAGCAAUGUAAAUGAUUCUGUAAUAUCUGCAAAACAUGAAACAAAUGGGAAUAAGAUUCCCUCUAAACAUGUUGAAUUGAAAAUUCCAAGUGUUAAAUCUAGUGCAAUAGAAAAAGAUAUGUUGUCCUCAGAUGUGGAGAAACAGUCUAACCUUUUCUUGCAGAUUCCACAAUGUACUAAACUUAGUGAUUUCUGCAGUAUGUCCAUUGAUGCAGCCAUUAAAACUGAUUCCUCAAAAGAAACCAGUCAACAGCAGACGUCAUCCACUUCCUCAUCCUCAUCAUUGUUUUUGAAUACCUCAUUUCCUGACCAUGUGACCAAGUCAGCCAAUCAUGUUCCUUCAUUGUCAUCACCACCACCAGCUCAUGUAAAAACUAAUAUAUCAGAAAGAAAGCCAAGCUUUAUGAGCAUAGACUCUAUUCUGGAAAAAAAAUCUGGAUCUAGUCAAAGUAACCAGUUUUAUCCAAACAGUGUUCUACCAGUUAACCCAUUUGUGAAUCAUAACCAGUCUGCAGUAAGUAAUAUAGACAACCAUACAGCAGACGGAAAACCAUGGUUCAGUUUGUUACCCAGAGUUCCCUGUGAUGAUAUGUCUCUAACGAGGGGACAACAUACUUCUAUGCCAUCAGGAAUAAUUUUAUCACCACCUUUUAUCUCUCAGCUGCCAUUCCAUCCAUUUUCAAUACAGAGCCCUCCAUUUUCAUCAUUCCAAAUGGGCCAGUUGUUUAAUACCUCACCGGACCAAGCUUUGACUGUGACCAGUUUUUCUACAUCAACAGUAACAUCUGUAACCCAGUCAAGUGAUUCUUCAUUUAAGAAACCAGAACCAGUCUCAUCUAGUCAAAAUCCGGAUCCAGAGCAAGUUUUAAAAUCUCUCCAGGGAGAGGCUAAGCCAAUUCCUGAAGAGUUCAAGAAAGGUUGGUGGAAGAUCAACGAGAGCGAGCAGUUGAAUCAGUUGAUACAAUGUCUCCAUCCACGUGGGAUACGAGAGAAACAACUAGAGAAAACUAUACAGAAAUAUAAAGAUUACACAUUGGCAUCUAGCUCCAAGACUAAAGAAGUUAUCUGUAUGGAAUCUUCAUCUGAGGAGGAAGUUACCGAUGAUGAAGAGGAAGCAGAAGAUAAAACUGAAGAGCAAGAGGACAGUGAAAAUAAUGACCACCAAGAGCAGAAAAUGGACCAAAGUGAUGAAUCUAGUGAAAAGAACACUGAAACGGUCACAGAAACAAGUAGUGAACACAGUUGUGAUAAACAAACUGAAAAUUGUGACAAAGACAAUGAAAAAGGUAGUGAGGAACAAAGUACGAAAAAGUGUGAUAAAACAAAAGGAAGAAAGAAAGGAAAGAACAAGAAAGAGAAACAAGUAAAGAAAAAGAGGAAAAAGAAGAAGCCUGUACCAGUGAUUGACUGUAAGGCAAGGUCAGAGGAAGCAGAUAACCUGAUACUGGAGGAGGUUGAAACAUUAGAAGAUAGGAUAGCAACUGCCAGCCUUCAAAUCAAGGGCUGGAAACUGGCACCAAAGACAUUUUCUGAGGAGUCAGAGGUUCGUAUCAUUCCACGAGGUUCACCAAAGAAGGACGAGAAUGACCUGUACCCAGUGGAGGCGGCAAAAGAGCGUCUGCUACAACUGGAAUCAAAUGUUGAACGUAGAUACCUCAAACCUCCACUCUCAAAAGCGCAUAGGAUCAGUCUUAACAGUAUGUCCUCCUCAAGUCAUACAGAGGCCACAGAUGACCCAGACUCAGAGAUAGACUUUGAAAACCUGCCAGUCGGACUACAGAUGUGGCGUAUUGCUGUUGCUACGGCAACGUCACCGGCACAACUCAUGUUGUGUAUAAUACAGCUGAAUAAUUCACUGGCCUGGGAAAAGUCAAUCAUGAAAGUGCUAUGUCAGAUCUGUAGAAAAGAUGAUAACGAGGCGGAGUUGUUGCUAUGUGACGGUUGUGAUCGUGGUUACCAUACUUACUGUUUUAAGCCCAAGUUGGAGACCAUUCCAGAUGGUGACUGGUACUGUUUUGAAUGUGUAUCCAAGGCUGUAGGUGAGUCAUGUUGUUUGGUAUGUGGUAGAAGAUUUGGCAAGAUGGCCGACUGUAAUAUGUGCAACAGAUGUGUACAUAUAGACUGCCUUGAUCCACCUCUACCUAGGGUACCAAGAAAGUGGUUUUGUGCCUCUUGUGAUGACUGUAGUAAGUCUUCUGCAAAGAAACGUGUUAGGAAGAAUUCCACAGCCAGUGCCUCUGCCCCGUCCACCCCUGUCCCAGAUCUCACACCCACGGGUCGAAAACGUAGAUCUGACUUUGGUAUCCCUAGGAAACGUAAAUCAUCAGACGCUCAGUCUGAGAGUGACAGUCCACAGAAGAAAAAGGAGGACAGUCCAGCUGAAAAAUCUCCCAAUGGAGAGAAACAAGAAAACAAAGUCAGUGAAAAAGAUAAGAUAAAAAUUGAAGAGCAGUCCACAGAUCUGAAAAUAUGCAGACUGCUUCACACAGAAAUGAUGAAACAUGAAGAUGGUUGGCCAUUCUUGCAACCAGUCAACUGUAAACACUUCCCUUCAUACAGGAAAUAUAUAAAAUAUCCCAUGGACUUUGGAACCAUGAAAAUAAAACUCAGGGACCAUAUCUAUCGCUCUAGAAGAGAAUUCGUGAAUGAUGCUAGACUAGUGUUUGACAAUUGUCAGUUAUUCAACGAGGAUGAUUCAGAAGUAGGUCAGUGCGGACACAACAUGCGAAAAUUCUUCAACGAUCGAUGGAAAGAACUUAUUCUUGAUGCUAUGUCACAUUCAUCUUAAUCAUCAAUUCAUUCAAUUUCCAUUUUUGCAAGUUGAUUUUUAUGAAAAUCACGUUCAGUUUUUGGGGCCCAUGAUUAGUGUUUUUAUAAAUGAUGGCACAGUAUAUUACAUUGUCUUUCUUUAUUUUUCAAAACUGUGUGUACAAAAGUAACGUAUCUUGUAUUUAUUUAUGACAAAUGAAAAAAGUUUGCAUUUACCUAUGAUUUUAUCAUACCCUGUCUGCUUGGUGCCACUGUGUUGUUCCUGUCAAUUUAUUCAUUACAUAUUACAGUUCCAAUAGUUUGGCCCAAAGCAUUGUCAAUUGAUAAGUUUAUAUAUACAUUGAUGCUAAAGUGAUUUUCACAAACUAGUGCUUCUCAUGGUAUCACCUUCAUGUUUUUUGUACAUUUGAAAAAUACAACAAUGAUUUGAUACUUAAAAUUUUUUUAAACAGCAGACUAAAAGUCACUUUAACAUUUCUUAAAUUCUUUCGAAAAAUUAUGUUUUAGUUGUUAUUUUCUUAGUAACGUAAGCAGAUGUAUUACAUUGUUUAACCCUCAAUCAGCUUGCGGCUAGAGACCAGAACAGACCAAGAUCACCCGGACACAUCUGUGCUGUCUGAUCAUGUUUUUUUGCAACUUUUUUUCCCUUUAUAUAAUUAAUGGUCAUGUCCAGAGUAAAAGAUGGAUUAGUCCAUUUUAAGAUAUUUAGUGAAGUAAGGGUUAACAUGUAUUUAUAAUUGAUGCUUUGAUGUAUACAUUUUUAUUGCUAUAAGCUAAAAUGGGCAUUUUUACAUACAUGUAUUUUCAACACACAGACCACCAGAAAUUUGUUAUUUUUCUUUUCAAUGCAUUUUUGUUUCAUGAUACAGUUUAUUUAUUAUGUAUUAUUUGAUACUGAUGCUAAGUUUUUAAAAUUUUGUACAAUGUUUUUUCACUUUUUAUUCCUCUGAAGAAUUUACAUUUUAUAUCAAUAUAAGAAGUACCUGGUUAUUUAAAAUAUUUUAUCAAUAUUAGAA